AUGGCUGAAAUCAGUGUGAAGGAGUACGUGAAGAAGCAAGAGCAAUUAGAAGAUGAGGCUAACGAACUGAUGCCCUUUGAUCCAAGCUAUUGUACGUAUUCUAUGGGGCCCAUACGGCAGCCAGUUUACGCUUGUAGGACGUGCAGAAACAUUGGAGUGUGCUAUUCGUGUUCUAUACAGUGCCACACUAGCUGUGAUCUCGUGGAGCUUUUUGACAAGAGGGAUUUCAGUUGCGAUUGCGGUACGGACAGACAGUUUAAAGGAGGUGAGGAGUUCAGGCCCUGUAAUAUACGGAAGAACAGUGAGCCUGAUGUGGGUGAUAUGUCCAACAGGUAUGGGCAAAAUUUCCAGGGGUUGUUUUGCUCGUGCCACAAGGAGUAUGACCCUAAUACAACGGCGACUAUGUUACAAUGCGUCUUAGGACUGGAGUGCAACGAGGACUGGUACCACGACCACUGUAUUCUUGGGAUCGAAACAAACCCGGAUCCUGUUACGGAGGAUCGGGUGUUGCCUGGGUUUCCCGAGCUGGCUUCGUUUGAUGGUUUUAUCUCGUGGAAGUGCAUUGAUAAGUAUAGGUCCGUGUUCGAGCGUCUUUUAUCCCAUGAAGAUGCUGACAAGAUAGUAGCCCACAAGGUGUUCCGUAAAGACGCCAAAUGCUUGGAAACUGGUGAGAAUGAGAAGACGGAUAAGAAGAGAAGCUUGCGGGAUAUGGAGAAUUCCGGGACAUCGGACUCGUACUCGUUAUUCUUGAAAGAAGGUUUCAGAGAAGAGUUUAAGAAGUUAAGGGAUUCUCUUGAAAAGGACGACGUUUUAAAGGCUUUCCUCACAAACACGGCACCAUUUCUUUGUGAAGAGGAAAAAGUAUAUGAACCUCCAAAGGAGGAGGAACAAGGCUCUCUGGUUGAGUUAGGAGAAUCUGCCCUUGCCAAGAAUUUGUCCCAUCAACAGACGUUGGCAAGCUUACUGGCAUUUCAACAAAUUAAAACGAAACUUACAGACUUUUUAAGGCCCUUUGCCGAGAGUAACACCGUUGUCAGUGAAACUGACAUCAAGAACUUCUUUGAUAGUCAUAAAAAGUGA